UCCACUGCGCAAGUGCGGAAGGGCCCUUGUUUCCGGCGUGGGUCUAGGUGAGCGAGCUUUCCGGCUGGGUUUAAAUUCUACCUGUGAUAGCUUCCCGUUUACCGGUUUAGGCUCGGGCUCGAGGACGUGCAGGCACAGCAGCUACACACAAAAGAUGGGAGAGGAGGCCAAUGAUGACAAGAAGCCAACAACUAAAUUUGAACUAGAGCGAGAAACAGAACUUCGCUUUGAGGUGGAGGCAUCUCAGUCAGUUCAGUUGGAGCUACUGGCUGGCAUGGCAGAAAUCUUUGGCACAGAGCUGACCCGAAACAAGAAAUUCACCUUUGACGCUGGUGCCAAGGUGGCUGUUUUCACCUGGCAUGGCUGCUCUGUGCAGCUGAGCGGCCGCACUGAGGUGGCUUAUGUCUCCAAGGACACCCCUAUGCUGCUUUACCUCAACACUCACACAGCCUUGGAGCAGAUGCGGAGGCAGGCAGAGAAGGAAGAAGAGCGAGGCCCCCGAGUAAUGGUAGUGGGCCCCACUGAUGUGGGCAAGUCCACAGUGUGCCGCCUACUGCUCAACUAUGCAGUGCGUUUGGGGCGCCGCCCGACUUACGUGGAGCUGGAUGUGGGCCAGGGCUCUGUGUCCAUCCCUGGCACCAUGGGGGCCCUCUACAUUGAGCGGCCAGCGGAUGUUGAAGAGGGCUUCUCUAUCCAGGCCCCUCUGGUCUAUCAUUUUGGCUCCACCACACCCGGCACCAACAUCAAGCUUUAUAAUAAGAUUACAUCUCGUCUGGCAGAUGUGUUCAACCAAAGGUGUGAGGUGAACAGGAGGGCCUCCGUGAGUGGCUGUGUCAUUAACACCUGUGGCUGGGUCAAGGGCUCUGGCUACCAUGCCCUGGUGCACGCAGCCUCAGCUUUUGAGGUAGAUGUGGUUGUGGUUCUGGAUCAAGAACGGCUGUAUAACGAACUGAAACGGGACCUGCCCCACUUUGUACGUACUGUGCUCCUCCCUAAAUCAGGGGGUGUGGUUGAGCGCUCCAAGGACUUCCGGCGGGAAUGUCGGGAUGAACGGAUCCGUGAGUAUUUCUAUGGAUUCCGAGGCUGUUUCUACCCCCAUGCAUUCAAUGUCAAGUUUUCAGAUGUAAAAAUAUACAAAGUCGGGGCCCCCACCAUCCCAGACUCCUGUUUGCCUCUAGGCAUGUCUCAGGAGGAUAAUCAACUCAAGCUAGUACCUGUCACCCCUGGCCGAGAUAUGGUGCACCACCUCCUGAGCGUUAGCACUGCUGAGGGCACAGAGGAGAACCUUUCAGAGACAAGUGUUGCUGGCUUCAUCGUGGUAACCAGUGUGGACCUAGAGCAUCAAGUGUUUACUGUCCUCUCUCCAGCCCCCCGCCCGCUGCCUAAGAACUUCCUUCUCAUCAUGGAUAUCCGAUUCAUGGAUCUUAAGUAGAGAUCAGCAAGAAGCCUUGCUGCCUGGGGCAUAGGGAACUUCUGACCAUCACCGAAGGCAGAUGGGCUGAGGCAUGAGAUCUGUUGAGGGCAGGCUGACCAGUAAAUGGUGGACUAGUGGAAAACAUACAUUCUACCUCUUAAAACAUGCGGUGGUAACCUGACUAUUCUGGUCUUGAACCAAAAGGAAAAACCAUCACCUAAGAUGCCAAUUUGAAUUCUCCAAGACUGUGAAUAAUCCUUUAUUGUUCACUGUGCUAUUAAAUAAUAUGGGGACUACUUUUUAGGAGGGUUUUUUAAUUUUUAUUCCUGCUUUAUAGUCUGUUUACAGUACUUGCUAUCUCAUUAAUCCAAGAUGAAAGAGUGACUCUUCCCAGUAAAGUUGAAACUUGGAAAAAAAAAUGUAUUUUAAUAAAUAUUUUUGCCAUACCAUGAAAGUUGGUGAGAUUUUUAAAGUUCAUUCCGUAAGCAUUAUAGUAACAUCGUUGGAAUGACUUACUGUUAACUGCUCAGAGGAGUUGUUGUUGUAGGUGCCAUCGAGUCUGUUCUGACUCAUAGUGACCUUAUGCACAACAGAACGAAACACUGCCCGGUCCUGCUCCAUCCUUAACAAUUGUUAUGCUUGAGCUCAUUGUUGCAGCCACUGUGUCAGUCCACCUCGUUGAGGGUCUUCCUUUUUUCCGCUGACCCUGUACUUUGCCAAGCAUGAUGUUCUUCUCCAGGGACUGAUGCCUCCUGACAACAUGUCCAAAGUAUGUAAGACGCAGUAUCGCCAUCCUUGCUUCUAAGGAGCAUUCUGGUUGUACUUCUUCCAAGGCAGAUUUGUUCGUUCUCUUGGCAGCCCAUGGUAUAUUCAGUAUUCUUUGCCAACACCGCAGUUCAGAGGCGUCAAUAAUUCUUCGGUCUUCCUUAUUCACUGUCCAGCUUUCACAUGCGUAUGAUGUGAUUGAAAAUACCAUGGCUUGGUUCAGGCGCACCUUAGUCUUCAAAGUAACAUCUUUGCUCUUCAGCACUUUAAAGAGGUUCUUUGCAGCACAUUUACCCAAUGCAGUGUGUCUUGAUUUCUUAACUGCUGCUUCCAUAGCCGGUGAUUGUGGAUCCAAGUAAAAUGAAAUCCUUGACGACUUCAAUCUUUUCUCUAUUUAUCAUGAUGUUGCUCAUUGAUCCAGUUGUGAGGAUUUUUGUUUUCUUUAUGUUGAGAUGCAAUUCAUACUGAAGGCUGUGGUCUUUGAUCUUCAUUAGUAACUGGUUCAAGCCCUUUUCACUUUUAGCAAGCAAGGUUGUGUCAUCUGUAUAACGCGGGUUGUUAACGAGUCUUCCUCCAAUCCUGAUGCCCCAAAAGGGAACAACACGCUUGGCAUUUCUCAAGCUGAACUGAAGAAAAAAUUCAAGCCUGGAGUUGCAAUAGAGAAAGAUUCUGUACGGAAAAUAUUAAACGACUCAGGAAGCAUCUAAGGAAGAUGGAAGGAAUACACAGAGUCAUUAUACCAAAAAGAAUUAGUCUUUGUUCAACCAUUUCAAGAGGUGGCAUGUGAUCAGGAACCGAUGGUACUGAAAGAAGAAGUCCAAGAUGCUCUGAAAGCAUUGGCAAAAAACAAGGCUCCAGGAAUUGAUGGAAUAUCAAUUGGGGUGUUUCAACAAACAGAUGCAACGCUGGAGGGGCUCACUCGUCUAUGCCAAGAAAUAUGGAAGACAGCUUCCUGGCCAACUGACUGGAAGAGAUCCAUAUUUAUGCCUAUUCCCAAGAAAGGUGAUCCAACCGAAUGUUGAAAUUAUAGAACAAUAUCAUUAAUAUCACACGCAAGCAAAAUUUUGGUGAAGAUCAUUCAAAAACGGCUGCAGCAGUAUAUCGACAGGGAACUGCCAGAAAUUCAGGCUGGUUUCAGAAGAGGACGUGGAACCAGGGAUAUCAUUGCUGAUGUCAGGUGGAUCCUGGCUGAAAGCAGAGAAUACCAGAAGGAUGUUUACCUGUGCUUUAUUGACUAUGCAAAGGCAUUCAACUGUGUGGAUCAUAACAAAUUAUGGAUAAUAUUGCGAAGAGUGGGAAUCCCAGAACACUUAAUUGUGCUCAUGAGGAACCUUUACAUAGAUCAAGAGGCAGUUGUUUGGACAGAACAAAGGAAUACUGAUUGGUUUAGUCAGAAAAGUGUGGGUCAGGGUUGUAUUCUUUCACCAUACCUAUUCAGUCUGUAUGCUGACCAAAUAAUACGAGAAGCUGGACAAUAUGAGGAAGAAUGGGGCAUCAGGACUGGAGGAAGACUCGUUAACCUGCAUUAUGUGGAUGACACAACCUUGCUUGCUUAGAGGAGGGGAAAGCCAAAAACCCACCUGUGAGCCAAGCAGAUGAGUUUUUAUGAUGAUUUCCCUCCCCUUGCACUAAGAAAUAAAUAAAUAGAUACUAAAUCUGUUGUCAGUGCUGGGUUUACUCUGGGGAAUUGAAAGCUGUUGAUAAACUCUGGGGAUAAGGUUUCAGAUCUAAUCAUUUUACAGAGAUGGCUCAUUUGCUUUCAGUCACAGCUACCUUUUCUAUUGUUUUUUUAGUGGAAUCAGGCCCUACGUCAAAGUGUAAUUUUAGUUUUCUAGUGGUAGGAAGCUGGGGAAGUCCAUUCGCUUUGAUCCCUUGGAAGAGAUUGUUUGGUGUUCCUAGUUUAGACUUGGAUUAUUUAACAAGUGUCUGAUACCAUUCAUUCAUAUAUCCAUUCAUUGUUUCAGUAAAUGAGCACCCACAUUUGCCAGGAGGCAUUCUGAAUAUUGGUGUUGGCGAAGAAUAUCGAAUAUACCAUUGGACUGCCAGAAGAACGGCUAUCUGGUGGUGCAGUGGUUAAGAGAUUGGCUACUAACUAUAAAGUUUGGCAGUUUGAAUCCACCAAUUGCUCCUUGCAAACCCUGUGGGCAGUUUUACUGCGUCCUGUAGGGUCGUUAUGAGUCAGAAUCGAUUUGAUGGCAACAAGAGGGUGCAAGAAUAACAAAUCUGUCUUAGAAGAAGUACACUGAGAGUGCACCUUAGAAACGAGGACAGCGAGACUUAGUCUCAGGUACUUUGGACAUGGUUACGGGUUGAAUUGUGUCCCCCAAAAAUGUGGGUCCGCGUGACUAGGCCAUGAGUCCCAGUACUGUGUGGUUGUUCACCAUUUUGUGAUCUGAUGUGAUUAUCUUGUUUGUUAUAAAUCCUAACCUCUGUGAAGUUAAUAAGGCAGGAUUAGAGGCAGUUACGUUAACAAGGUAGGAUGCUAUAGGAUUAGGUUGUAUCUUAAGUCAGUCUCUUUGAAAUAUAAAAGAAUCAAGCAGAGAGGAGAGGGGCCUCAUUAUCACCAAGCAAAAAGAUCCAGGAGUGGAGCACGUCCUUUGGACCCAGGGUCCCUGUGCUGAGAAGGUCCUAGACGAGGGGAAAGAUUGAUGACAAGGACUUUCUCCCAGAGCUGACAGAGAAAGCCUUGCCCUGGAGCUGGCACUCUGAAUUUGGGCUUCUAGACUCUUAAACUAUGAGAAAAGAAACUACUGUUUGUUAAAGCCGUCAACUUGCGGUAUUUCUCAUAUAGCAGCACUAGAUAACUAAGACAGGCAUGUUAUCGGGGGACUGGUCCCUGGAGAAGGACAUCAUGGCUGGUAAAGUAGAGGGUCAGUGAAAAAGGAAGACUUAAUGAGAUGGAUUGACACAGUGGCUGCCACAAUGGGCUUAAAUGUAGUAGCAACCAUCAUGAGGAUGGCAGAGGACCAGGCAGUGUUUCAUUCUGUUCUACAUAGGGUCACUAUGAAUUGGAACUGACUUAGCAGCACCUAAGGACAACAAUAAUUCUGGUUAGGUACAAGAUAAAAGUCUUAUAGGAGCUUCCAUUACAGAACAAACAAGAAAAAAAGAUAAGUGCUAUGUAGAGACUUAAAAUUGGGUAACAUGAGAGAGUGACUAGAAAGUUAGAUUGGGUGGUCAGGAAAGUCCUCUCUGAGGUAAGACCUGAAAAGGCGUGUGAAGUUUGGAUUAAAACCUGCCUAGUGGUGGAAUCGGUGCAAGAAGCAAAGAAAGGAACAAGCUCGAUGUGCUUGGGGAAGAGAAAAGCUGAUGUGUUUGGAGUGUAGUGAAUCAAGGAGAAAGUGGUACAAGAUGAGGUUGAAGGGAGCAGCAAAGAUCAAAUAAUGUAGAGCUUUGUGAAAUCAGGGUGAAGAAUUUGGAUUUGAUUCUGAGAGCAGUGGGAACCAUGGGGGACGAGGCAGUUAAGGCAAGGAAUGACAUGAUCUAAUAUCCAUUUGGAAAAGAUCACUGUUGGAUGGAGAGUGGAUAUAGAGGCAAGAGUAGAAGCAAGAAGCCUUGAGUGGCCUUAAUGCGAGAAUAAAGGCAGCAGAGAUAGAGCUGAUAAGUAGAUUGCUUCUGGAUACAGGCAGUUCCCAGGUUACUAAUGACUGACUUGUGGACAACUUGUACUUAAGAAUGGACUGCCAUAAUCCAUCAUAUCAAUCCAAUGCUGUCGACUAUUAAAAACUUGAGUUAAAUACAAAGAUUCAUAAUAAUGAAUGCAUGUGCUACUUUGUGACACUCAGGAAAACAUUGCAUGGUGUGGAAGUGUUUCUUAAUUGCUUUCUAUGCAUGUUGUUAGGUGCUGUCCAGUCAGUGCCAACUCAUAGCCACCCUAUGUACAACAGAACAAAACACUGCCUGGUCCUGCCCCAUCCUCAUAAUCCUUGAUAUGUUUGAGCCUACUGUGGCAGCCACAGUGUCAGUUCACCUCGUUGAGGGUCUUACUGUUUUUCGCUGACCCUCUACCAAGCAUGAUGUCCUUCUCCAGGGACUAGUCCCUCCCAGUAUAUCCAAAACAUGUGAUAUGAAGUCUCACCAUCCUCCCUCCUAAGGAGCAUUCUGGCUGCACUUCUUCCAAGACAGAUUUGUUUGUUUUGGCAGUCCAUGGUAUGUUCAAUAUUUGCCAACACCAUAAUUCAGAUGCAUCAAUUUUUCUUGGGUCUUCCUUAGUCAUUGUCCAGCUUUCACAUACAUAUGAGGCGGUUGAAAAUAUGAUGGCUUGGGGCAGGCACACCUUAGUUCUAAAAGUAACAUCUUUGCUUUUUAAUGCUCAAAAGAGGUCUUCUGCAGCAGAUUUGCUUAAUGCAAUAUGUUGCUUUAUUUCUUGACUGCUGCUUCUAUGGGCAUUGAUUGCAGAUCCGAGUAAAAUAAAAUUUUUGACAAUGUCAUUAUUUUCUCUCUUUCUCAUGAUGUUGCUCAUUGGUCCAGUUGUGGGGAUUUUUUUCCUUAUGUUGAGGUGUACUCCUUACUGGAGGCUGUGGUCUUUGAUCUUCAUCAACAAGUACUUCAAGUUCUCUUUGGUUGUGUCAUCUGCAUAUCCCAGAGAGUCUUCCUCCAAUCCUGAUGCUGCGUUCUUCUUCAUAUAGUUCAGUUUUUCAAGAUUAUUUGCUGAGCAUACAUAUUGAAUAAGUAUGGUGAAAGAUACAACCCUGAUGCACACCUUGCCAGAUUUUAAACAAUGUAGUAUCCCCUCGUUCUGUUCAAACGACUUCCUCUUGGUCUAUGUACAGGUUCCAUAUGAGCACAAUUAAGUGUUCUAGAAUUCCCGUUCUUUGCAGUGUUACCCAUAAUUUGUUAUGAUCCACACAGUCGAAUGCAUUUGCGGUAGUCAGUAAAACACAGGUAAACAUCUUUCUGGUAUUCUCUGCAUUCAGCCAGGAUCCAUCUGACAUCAGCAUGAUAUCCCUUUUUCCACGUGCUCUUCUGAACCUGCCUUGAAUUUCUGGCAGUUCCCUUCAGUGUACUGCUGCAACUAUCUGUGAAUUAUCUUCAGCAAAAUUUUACUUGUGUGUGGUAUUAAUGAUAUUGUUGAGUACUUUCCACAUUUUGUUGGAGCAUCUUUCUUUGGAAUGGGUACAAAUAUGGAUCUCUUUCAGUCAGUUGGUCAGGUAGCUCUCUUCCAAAUUUCUUGGCAUAGAUGAGUGAGUGCUUCAAGUGUUGCAUAUCAACAGACUCUAGAGGGAGUGAAAUUAAUGAUGACUGUGUGUUCCUGACGCUAUUUUUUCCUAUAUGUUUUUCAUUUUUCAAAGAAGGAAAAAGGAAGAAAAUGCAAGAGUGAAAUCCUUUUGUAGAUAAGAGGGGAUGGGAUCCAGAGCACAAGGGACUGUCCUUUAACGUGAACAGAAAAAUUCCAUGAAGACAGGAGGAAAGUAUUUUAAAAAAAGAGGUCAUUGGUGAUUUUGGUGCUGAAAAGACAGGGGUACUGUAUUUUUUGCAAAUAGCACACCCACAUAAAUAACACACGCAUAAUGCUAGGAAAUGACAAAAUUAUAUAAAAAAAAUUCUGGCAUAGUGUGCCCAUGCAUAUAACCUGCAUGUCUUGUGACAUUUCUAGAAGUGAAUUUUGGCCUCAUUUAUAUUCUUUGGUUUCAAAAUGGUGCCCCAUUCCCAUUACGAGCCCGUUCAGUUCACUACUGGUUGCACUUGAUUUAGGAAAAUGCUGUUGUUGUUAGGUGCCGUUGAGGCAUUUCUGCCUCAGUGACCCUGCGUACAACAGAGUGAAACAGUGUCCGGUCCUGCGCCGUUCUCACAAUCUUUGCUAUGUUUGAGCCCAGUAUCAUAGCCACUGUGUUAACCCAUCUCAUUGAGAGUCUUCCUUAAGUGAACUUUCCGUGGGAUCAGUUUUAUCCCAGUAACAUUAAAUCUACUGAACAGAAAAAAAAAAAAAUUUGAAGUUAGUAACGGAAAAAAAAAAAAUUGGUAUAAUGUGCUUAUGAAAAUAACAUGGGGUGGGUUACGUAGUUUGCAGAAAAAAAAACAUGCAUGUCAUUUGUGUAAAAAUAUGGUAUUCCUCUCUGAUUACUUCUAAGUCCAAGGGUGGCAUUUUGUUUACAAUGAGCUGUCAUCUAUAGGUGUGAGAAGAUGCAAGUGAAGGGGAUUUGAAAUAGUAUAGACAAGCUACGAUAGACAAACUAUAAUAUUAUUUGAUACUCAUAGCGAAAUAAUUGAAGUUUGGUGGGGUAGAUAGCCCAUUGUCUGAGUCUAGGUUUUACUGUGGAAUACUUUUCAGAAGUGGAUGGCAGUUUAAACCUUGUUUUCUUUGAAACCUUAUUUGAACAUUAUGUUCUAUUAAACAUUGUUUCCAGAAAUUACCUUGCAUGAUACUAGGGAAUAGCAGACACUUGAAAACUGGACAAGAAAAUGAAAUCUCUCUAAACCUUGGAAUUAAUGCCAUUGUUGGUUCUCAUCCAGCUAAGUACUUGGUAUCCGGUAUAAUCUAGCAUACCACAAGAGAUCUUCAGAGUGUGUGGUUGGGUGGUGGAAGGUUGAACUUUCUCCCCCCAUUUAGCACCGUCUAACGAGAAUAUGGAAACCCUGGUGGCAUAGUGGUUAAGUGCUGUGGCUGCUAACCAAAGGGUCUGCAGUUUGAAUCCGCCAGAUGCUCCUUGGGAACUCCAUGGGGCAGUUCUACUCUGUCCUAUAGGGCUGCUAUGAGUGGGAAUCAACUCGACAGCACUGGGUUUGGUUUUUUUAGUUUAACGAGAAUAUAUCACUAUUUACAGGCCGACCAGUGGUGCACUGACUAAGUGCUUGUCUGCUAGCCACAAGGUUGGUGAUUAGAACUCAUCCAGUGGUUCUAGGGGAAAACCACCUGGUGAUCUGCUUUUAUAAACAUUACAGCCUAUAAAGCCUUAUGGGGCAGUUCUGUUCUGUUGCAUGGGGUCACUAGAGUUGUAAAUUGACUCUUUGGCACCUAACAACAACAGCUGGAAGUAGAUCCUUGAGUGACACGUGUGGUUUGCACUUGACUACUACUACCACGCAUCUGUCAGUUUGUCCUACUGUGGUGGCUUGCAUGUUGCUGUGAUGCUGGAAGCCAUGCCACUGGUAUUUUACAUACCAGCAGGGUCACCCAUGAUGGACAAGUUUUACUGGAGUUUCCAGUCUAAGACUAUGAUGAUGAACCUGGCUGUCUCUGAAAAAACUGUCCAGUGAAAACCUUACAAAUAGCAGCGGAACAGUGUCUGAUACAGUGCUGGAAGAUGAGCCCUGCAGGUUGGAAGGCACUCAAAAUAUCACUGGGGAAGAGUUGCCUCUUCAAAAUAGCCUUAAUGACGUGGGUGGAGUAAAACUUUCAGGACCUUAUUUUGUGAUGUGGCAAAACUCAAAAUGAGAAGAAACAGCUGCAAACAUCAUUAAUAAUUGGAAUGUGAAAUAUAAGAAUUAUGAAUCUAGGAAAAUUGGAAAUCCAUCAGAAAUGAAGUGGAACACACAAAGAUCAACAUCCAAGGCAUUUGGGAGCUGAAAUGGAUGGUAUUGACCAUUUUGAAUCAAUCAUAUGGUCUACUAUGCAGGGAAUGACAAAUUGAAGAGGAAUGGCAUCACAUUCAUUGUCAAAAAUAUCUACCCUGAAGUACAACACUGUCAGUGAUAGGAUAAUAUCUAUACACCUACAAGGAAGACCAGUUAAUAUGAAUAUAGUAUGGACUGCCAGAAGAACAAAUAAGUCUUGUCCUGGAAGUAGUAUGAGUGCUCCUUAGAAGCAAGGAUGGCUAGACUUCAUGUCAUGUACUUUGGACAUGUUAUAAGGAGGGACCAAUCCCUGGAGAAGGAUAUCAUGCUUGGUAAAGGGUCAGCAAAGAAGAGGAAGACCCUCAACGAGAUGGACUAACACAGUGGAUGCAACAAUGGGCUCAAGCAUAACAAUUGUGAGAAUGGUGCAGCACCAGGUGGUGUAUUGUUUUGUUGUACAAAGGGUUGCUAUCAGUUGGAAUGGACUGUAUGUCACCUGUCUUGGUUAUCCAGCGCAACUACAACAGAAAUACCACACCUGGAUGGCUUCAACAAACAGAAGCUUAUUCUCUCACAGUCUAGUAGGCUAGAAGGCCAAAUUCAGGGAGUCAGCUCCAGGGGAAGUCUUUCUCUCUCUGUUGGCUCUAGAAGAAGGUCCUUGUCAUCAGUCUUCCCCUAGUGGAGGAGCUUCUCAGUGCAGGAACCCCAGGUCCCAAGGAAGUGCUCUGCUCCUGGCACUGCUUUCAUGGUGGUAUUAGGUUCCCCAUGCGUCUCUGCUUGCUUCCUUCUAAAGACACAAUCCAAUCUUGUAUCUUGAGUCCUGCCUCAUUAACAUAACGAACGGCCUCUAAUCCCAUCUUGUCAACAUCAUCGAGAUAGGAUUUACAACACAUAGGAUAAUCACAUCAGAUGAUAAAAUGGUGGACAAUCACAUAAUACUGGUAAUCGUGGCCUAGCCAAAUUGAUACACAUAUUUCUUGGGGGACAGAAUUCAACCCAUGACAGCAUGUAACAACAAAUUGUUUUACAGAUUUCGUUUAUUGGUACACGCUGCCAUUAAAAAGAGAAUUCUGCAGUAUGUUGUAAUAAAUGGUGGAUUGAAGCCCCAUGCAAGAAUAAAUUAGAACCUCAGAUACAGGCCCUGUCAGAGGAAGAACUAGACUAGACCUGGAAAUUAAGAGAAAGUAGACCUUUGUCCUUUAGUUUGCUGCUUAAUACUAAAAUUUAAGAGCCACAGUUAAACUAGCAACAUUUGAUCCAAACCCUAAGGCAGAUCACACUUUACAGGUGAGGAACCUUGGCUUCAGAGAAGUGGUUGGUGGACCAUCUUGUAGAAAGACUACUAUUAACAGCUAGAACUGCUUUCAAAAGAGAAAUGGCUUGGAGUUGAGUGAGAGAACACCUUGUGUAGCUCUCCGGAUUAGAGCUGUUGUGGGCUAACUGAGGCAAAGUUUGGUGCUGUGAUAAACGGAGAGUUGGCCAGCAGUUCGCCAGGACAGGAGCUUCCAGAGAACCUUUUCCGUGGGUGAGAUUAAGGACGAGGAGGACCAUUCCUCAAGACGGCUCCCACUCGGGAGGGCAGUCACCACCGCAGAUAGCGCGCACCCAGGCUCGCGACCGCUGUCUUUCCCCUUCCUCCCGGGUCUUUGGCAGCAGUUUUGGCCCACAUUGGCUCUUUUAGCUCUGCUUCCCUUCCAUAUAGGAGCCACAGUCCAGCCCAUUCUAUUACCCAGGGAGUCUGCCAGUACCAGGGAAUUCGCCCGGUGAGGGGCUUCUCCAUCAAGAUUGUUUUAAAUAAAGUUCUCCAUAGCAAAAAAAAAAAAAAAAGUAAAUCGCCACACAACUGACCAAUGUAGGAAGGAGUGAAGCAGGAAGAGGGUGGGACCUAUCGGUAAUUGGUUACACUAGACGUCCGUCUGGACUGUGCCACACUUACUUAGAGGUUUGGUUAACUCGAGCGAGUAGUUGGUUACUUUCGAUCACUUCUAGUGUACAGACAUAAUCUUUUUAACUUCCGAAGGCCGUGUCCUACAUACAGUAAGAAGAGAAAAUAGACUGUAGGCAAAGGGAAGACUUGUUCGGCCAUUUCUCUAUUCCUGACUCCUGCGUAGUAAGCCAAUCCUCCUCUCCCUGUCGCCUGAGGAACCCGAGGGCCGUGCGCGCGCGCCCUCGUUUUCUCGCGUGCGUGCGGCGCUGUCCUCGUAUAGCCAAUCAGACCGCGAGGUCGCCGCGGUCGCUGGGGUUCGCGCGCACGCUCCAGAGCGGAGUUGGGAGGGGGUUAUGGGUGAAUGGGAGAGUGAGCGGGGGCGGGCGCGGC